UCACGCUCUUCCGGCCCCCGCCUCCCCGUGGCGGCCAAACCCGACACUUUGGUUCCGAGGCCUGUGAGGGCCGCAGCGAAGCCGGGCGGCUCUCAGCACCCAGCACCCGCCCGCCGAGGGGCCGGGGCCGCGGGAGCCGUGAUGCAGCACACAGUGCAAAAGGCAAUUUAUAAGUACUACUGCAGGCUGUGGGCUGCUGUGAAGACCAGAGAGUACAAUCAGAAGGCUUUCACCAAAAAUCUGACUUUGCCUAUGAACUGCAGACAGCAAUACUACUUCUGUCUGGACCAGCUAACCAUGUCUUUAAAUUCAUCUACACUGUUAAAUGAAGAAAACCCUCAAGGACCAAAAAGAAAUGCUGAAUGUUUGGAAAGUCUGGAAUUACAGAGUACCUCAUCAUCUCCAGAUAACCCACUUCAACAAUUACAGUUAGCAUCACAAGAAGUACUUGAAAAGGCAAAAAAGAGUGGGAGAUCAAAAUGCCCCCGAUGCAGUAGUUCCAGGAUGUUUUAUUGUUAUACAUGUUUUGUUCCUGUUGAAACUGUCCCCACCAAAGAAAUUCCAACUGUGAAGUUACCUUUGAAGAUUGACAUUAUUAAACACCCAAAUGAAACAGAUGGCAAAAGCACUGCUGUACAUGCUAAGCUCCUGGCACCCGAUGAUGUUACAAUUUAUAAAUACCCUUGCAUUCCAGAAUAUGAAGAAAAAAAACAUGAAAUAGCACUUAUAUUUCCUGGCCCCAAUUCAGUUUCAGUAAAAGAUAUUGCUUUCCAUCUCCAAAAAUACACUAAAGAAGGUGUUUACCAUAAUGAUGAUGACUGUUCCAGAGAACCACUGCAUAAACAAGCAAAAAUAGAACUUGAAGAAAAAAAUCUAAAUGAAUGCAUCUCGGGCAACAGGAGUGAAGGCACUAGACUGAAGAAAAUAAUAUUUAUUGACAGCACCUGGAAUCAAACUAACAAAAUAAUAACUGAUGAACGACUUCAAGGGUUGCUGCAAAUUGAAUUGAAAACAAGGAAAACUUGCUUUUGGCGUCACCAGAAGGGAAAGCCAGAUACAUACCUUUCCACAAUAGAAGCAAUUUAUUAUUUCCUUGUGGACUAUCAUCAGGAGAUUUUGAAAGAGAGCUACAAAGGACAAUAUGAUAAUCUGCUUUUUUUCUUUUCGUUUAUGUACACAUUGAUUAAAAAUGCCAAGUGUUGUGCAGGAAAAGAAUAAGAUGUCUAUCUGUAGGUAAGUUACACUACAAUGUAUUUUGUUUCUUUCGUAGUCAUAACUGUACAAACAUAAUGAUUUUUAUCUGAAAUUUGAAAACAGAUUGUUCUCUUAACCCAGGCUUGAAGUCAGAAUAAGAUUCUUCAAAUAUGCACACACACACACACACACACACACACAGAGCUGCUAAGUAUAUUGUGAGUUCAUAUGCCAGGCAAUGACAAAAAUCAGCAGUCAUGUCUCAGUAUUAUUGAAAUAACACAUUUCUUAUUCAUUUGGUUCUAAUUGCUAUUGAGGGGUUAUUUUGGCUUUUUACAAUGAUUAAUGCUAUUUCCUUUGGUAUGAAUUUUGAUAGUCUUUUGACAUUUCCAUCUGUUCUUGUAUUUCUUAAACAAAGAUUGCUGUAAUAUUUUUUUUUAAUCAUACAAGUAUAACAGAUUGAGAAGGAAACUUUCACCCACUUUAAACAAACAAAAAUAAAAUGAACCCACUGACCUAAUGUUUUACAAGAACCAGAGAGAAAAAUCUGGGAGGGGGGGAGGGGGAGUUACAUCCAAGACAUAUUUCCCUGAAAACAUGUUUUUUUAUUUAAGCAGCAGAGGUCAAAUAAAAGCUUAUAUAAGCUGUUCUUUGUUACUUUUGGAAAAUAGUUUCAUAAGGUUAAAAAUGGUUUCCAAAUUUAAGUUUUGUGUACCUCAUUUUGUAUGAACAAUGAGAAUUAAGAACCUAUUCCAAAAGUAGAUUAAUUUUAAUUCUCAGGUGAAAUCAAUGUACAGAAAAAAUAAUUUGAAAUCUGGAACACUGUGUCCAGGAAUUGGGUUCAAAUUGUUGUUCUUCCAGUGCAACCUCAGUGUAAUGUAAUAGUCAAUAUUACAGCAAUUGACAGAGGCAUGUCCAAUAUCCAUAAUUAAUUAUGGUCUGUUUGUAUUCCUGUGAUAACCUUUUAUGAGGGCAGUAAGGGGGUUAUUGUUACUUCUGCUGCAAAUCUGUUCUGCUGGUUCCCCCUUCUCUCCUAUCUCCUGCUUUCCCCUCUGUACAAGUAUUUAAAUCCUCUAUUUAAUUUCAGUACAGGUGUAAGAAGCUAAAUCAAACAAGUCAUCCACUUCACACUGAGAAUGUCUCAAUGCCUCUGAUUUGCUUUUCCAGCUUUGAGGCUAAAGAAAAGUUUUGUUCCACCAAAUGAAAGCGAUCAAGUGGUUAAUCCUUUCAAGUGCAAUUAGCAGCACUGACCUCCCCUGUUUUUCAAAAUGAGGGUCAUGGGGAGGUAACGACCAGUUCUGGGGCUUUUCUUUCAUAUCAGAAUACCCCUUCACUAACUAUCUCUUCUGUUUCCAAAAACAUCAGAGAGAGUAAGGGGGAAAACAGGCUUCCACUUCCAUUAGCAGUAACUUAAACAUCCAUAAGUUAAAGGGGGAGGAAAAGGAAGAACAACUUUAUUUAUCUCUUUUCACAACAGAGGACAUCUGGCCUUCUGUAGGGAGGCCUCAGAUAACAAAAAACCUGUCAUUACAAACCUCCAAGAUGUGUUCAGAGAACCAUUUUACCUGCAGUCUGGCUUAUUCAUUUCCUGCCACUGAAGCCAUCUGCUUUUGCUUAUUGUGGGUAUUUUUGUUCUUUGGCCAGGAGCAUGAAGUGGCUUCACUUGAGCAUGCCUGUAUGCUUGGUCAGAGGGAGGAUUUAAUACUUCUUUCAAAAUUAAUAAGAGAGGGAGCUGAAAAAAAAACAAUUCUCUUUCUGGAAGGCAGCACAAAAGUCAUCCAACCCAAGGUUGAAUAAAGGGUCAUGUCAAUGCACAAGGUAAAGAUACAUUGAGAUUGAAAAGAGAUGGCAACUUCAGAUCUACAGCUGAACCUUCCAAAGCACCUGCUUUAAAUCCUUUGCUACUGCUUCUUGUGAUUUGUUCCAUUUGAGUCCAUCUGGUUUUCCACAGAGGCUUCUUCAGGCCCAAUUGCAGAGCAAUGCAGUGAUCUGGUUUUGUUUUCUCUUCCACUGUUUCAAGUAUUUUACCAGAAUGCUUUAGAAAUCACCCAUUGAGGUACUGAAUGAUUCAGCAUAUUUCCUGAACUGAUAUCCCUUGCCUUGAGAGACAGUAGCUGAGUAAAAUUCCAGUGUUGUCAUAUUAGUAGGAAUGUUGACUUUGACUGUUGACACUUAUUAAUACCAACAAUCAAAGUGUUUGUAUGAAAAAUGUACAACAUUCUUCCUGUUCAGUUGUUGGUAAAAUUAACACAUUGCAGCCAUUUUUAGGAUUCUGAAGGGAAAUCAGAUGCUGUAGAAUUCUGAAAGCAGUGCAUCACAGUAAGCUUCUAAAACAUUCAUAACGAUAUGGUUUCUUUACCACUGCUUGCCAGGAAAAAAACCAACAAAUAGUUGAGUCCCACAGAAAAAGGUGGGAACUACUUCUCUAUUGCAAAAGAGACUGUAUUUUUACCUCACUGGAAAAUUUUGUCUUAACUUGAGCAAUACUGGUGCUGUUAGUUAACACAUUCAGAUCAACUACUAUUUACCACUGACUUUUGGGUGGUAUUUACCACUGACCCAGACCAUGGGUGUUGCAAUGAGUUACUUGGAAACACACCACAGAAGAGGGAAGAGAAGAGAAUGCCUCACACACAAGUAUACCCAGAGUUGAGCCCUACUUGACCUGUGUCCAUGUGCACUUUGCUUCCCUUACCUGUAGCCUUAAUUUCUGCCUCUGAGUAACACAUCUCUGCAUAGGAAGCUGGGCUCAUAAGCCAGUGGAACUCAGCAUGGAAUCUAAAGGCUCUUAUAUCAAAAGUUCUGAUGGUAAAAUUUCUGCUUUUCCAACAAUGGGGACAGAGGAGCUAUACAGUAGUGUGUGUGUGUGUGUGUGUGUGUGUGUGUGUAAAUAAUGAGUAAAUGUAUUUACCUCCCUCCUAGCAACUGAUGUAUUACAACACAAGCCAGGGAUUUUCCUCUAUCCCAUUUCCGUCUUAGGGAAGAUAAAUACAAAGAAAAUAAAUGUGUGGUGUCAGAAUUUACAAAAUUAUAGAAUAAACUGUUACAUGCACAGAGCAAGUAUACACUUGAGAUAAAGACAUAACCAAGCCUGUUGACGUACACAGAUCAGCAGAUUGAUUUGGAGGCACUGUGCAGUGUGAGUGCUGUAAUAGCCUUCCAAACCAGUGAAAAAACAAAUAUUAUUUCACACUAUUCUAAGUAUUGCUGCUAAUGAGUCUAGUGUAGUUCCCUGCUCUUGUAUCAUGAUGUGUCAUGUUCUCUUUGUAUCUCCAACCAGCA